CCCACCGCUGCCUGCUCCUUUGCUGCUGCAGUCAUCUCUCUUAUCCCUUGACUACAUUUCCUGUCGUCUUCUCAAUCACCGUUUUUGCAGCUUCAGCACCAGCGAUAACAGCUAAGUGGUCAAUUCUGGGACUCGGGUUGGGAGUCAGGGUGGGUGCGAGGCGUAAGCAGUACAAGCUAGCCCGCCAUCUGCUGCGGCAGCCGCCACUGCUGCAGACACCUCUCCUGGGCGGGAAAGGAGAACACUGUCAAAAGGUCCACGCUGUUCCAUUGCCCACGGUCAGAGUUAGAACGUUUCUGUCAAGACUUGGGGAGAGCCUUGCACUUGGGGAAAGGAGGAAAGACCCAGAGAUCACGAAAAAAUAUCUCAUUUUGGGUAGUGUUGACUUUUUGUCAUCUUAACUGAGGAAGUGGCAGCUUUGCUUGAGCCUCCUUAAACCCUGAGCCAUGUCACCCCCAACUGUGCCCCCGAUGGGUGUAGAUGGCGUCUCUGCAUACCUGAUGAAGAAAAGGCACACCCACAGGAAGCAGCGGCGCAAGCCCACUUUCCUCACGCGUAGGAACAUCGUGGGCUGCCGCAUUCAGCACGGCUGGAAGGAAGGCAAUGAGCCCGUGGAGCAGUGGAAGGGCACUGUGCUCGAGCAGGUUUCCGUGAAGCCCACUCUCUACAUCAUCAAAUAUGAUGGCAAAGAUAGUGUGUAUGGUCUAGAGCUGCACCUAGAUAAGAGAGUUUUAGCGUUAGAAAUCCUUCCUGAAAGAGUGCCAACUCCUCACAUUGAUUCGCGCCUGGCGGAUUCCCUGAUUGGCAAAGCAGUGGGGCAUGUGUUUGAGGGUGAGCAUGGUACGAAAGAUGAAUGGAAGGGCAUGGUUCUGGCGCGAGCUCCUGUGAUGGACACUUGGUUUUACAUAACUUAUGAGAAAGAUCCUGUCCUUUAUAUGUACACGCUGCUGGAUGACUACAAAGACGGUGACCUGCGCAUCAUUCCAGAUUCCAACUACUAUUUCCCUACAGCAGAACGGGAGCCUGGAGAAGUGGUCGACAGCCUCGUGGGCAAGCAAGUGGAACACGCCAAAGAUGAUGGGUCCAAGAGAACCGGCAUAUUUAUCCAUCAAGUGGUGGCCAAGCCAUCCGUCUACUUCAUUAAGUUUGAUGAUGAUAUUCACAUUUAUGUAUAUGGCUUGGUGAAAACCCCCUAAAUUCAUUGUGCUCUUUGCAAAAGUCAUGGAACUAUUAAAUGUAAAACGUCAUGUUCUUGUAAUUGUGAAUUUUUGGAACAGAAUGGUGUCAGAGGUUCAGGAAUUUAUUAUUACUUUUUACUUUUGUGCCUCCAAAUCUUACAACGACUAGUCCCACAGUUUUGUCCCAAGGGUACACUGGUACUUUUGAUAUGGCUUUGUUGUAUAAUUGAAUAUUUAAUUUGGGUGUUAAUAGAAAACUGAAAAGUAUUCAUUACCAUUGGAACAAUGAAAAACUAAAGAAAAAUCAGUGGUGUAACUCCACACAAGAUCCUUUCUCCCAUUUUAUUAUCUCCCCUUUCUUCUUUCCAGGUAACAAGUGUUAAGAACAUGAUAUAUAACCUUACACGUUUUCCCCAUCCACUUACAGAAAGUUUGUUGUAGUCUCUUCUGUAAAAAUGAAAAGCCACAUCAUUUCUCUGUAAUUGCUUUUCACAUUUGGAAUAUCCAUGAUAUCUGUUCUAAUCAGUAGCUGCAAGUCUCUCUCUCUCUCUCUCUCUCUCCCCCUCUACCCCCUCUUGUCCUCUCCCAGUUCCCCUCUGCCCCUGGAAUUUACUUUGUAUUUGUUAUAACACAGAGGUCAAAUUAUGCAUUCUGUUCACAUCAGGUGCCUGAUUAAGCCAUCACAUUUAUUAAAUAAAUCACCUUUUCCCCUCUUCUUCUUUCUCUCCUUCCCUCUAGCAGCUGCCUAUACAGUACAUUUAUAUACCAAAAAGAUAUUCAGGCAUUCUAUCACUGAUGGUCACUUAAAUUAUUUCCUUUCCUUUUUUGACCAUAGCACUGCUGCAAUAAAUACUGGUGAUUUUAUUUCUAUUGGGUAGAUUCCCAGAAAUGGGAUUGCUAGGUAGGGAUAUAUUUAAUUUUAAGUAAUAUUAAAAAAUUACUAUACAAAAUGAAAGUGCUAAUUUCCCAUUAUCCUGUCCAGUACUCUUUCAAGUUUGCAAAUCCGGAGGGUGAAACAUUAAAUAGUAAUUUUUUAAUUGACAAAUUCAAGGAGUUUUGUUUUUUUAACUGUUUGGAUUUU